GCCCUCCCAGGCCCAUGGCAGAGCUGGGGCCAGCCCUUGGCUCCAGUGCCACCCUGACUGGCAGCAAGGGGCAGUGCCAGGAGCUUGUUUUCCCGGCACUGCUGACGGAGUAGGGGAAGCUGCAGGGCCGGCACGGCCAAGGACUUCAGCCCCGACUCUGUCAAUGAGUGACAGCCAGAGCUGCCAGGGCCUCACUGGGUUAAUGAUUGUGGGGGCAGCUGGCCAAGAGCCCCUGGGCACGGGGCAAGUGUGGACACCAGCCUCCUGCACACUGGCUGCACCCCUGCCCCCCUGGACAGAAGGGUCCCCAGGCCCUGCGGAGCCAGGACGUGUCCCCUGCUGUGGCACCUCCCGGGCAUUCAGCUCCAUCAGUCUGUGACUCAGUGGAGGUGGCUCAAUGGUGUUCCAGCACUGGCACAGGUACCCCAGGCAGUCCCUGAGUGCCCUGGAGUACCCAAGGGAUCUGCCCUUGUUCCUCCCAUACACUUGCACCUGGCUCAUCUAUGGUGAUGGGUCCUGGAAGUGCUUAAUCCUGGAGAAAUGGGGAUGUGGCAACUGAACAGCUUUGUGCCUACUCCCACAGGCACCGGGGCUGGAGGGGCCCUUUGGCCACUGUCUCUCCCCUGGACAGCUGUGGACAGGAGCCGGCUGGGUGUCCUGUGGGUGGAUGGAAACUUGGCUGGAGGUGUGUAAGCAGCAGGUAAUGAUAAACAGGGCCGAGGAGGUGGUGACGGCAGCGCUGGCCUCGCUCCUCUCCUGCCCACCCAUCGCACGCGCCGGGGAGAUGUGGUGCCAGGGAGACGCAGGCUCUGCCCCACAGCCCUCACAGCACUGCUGGCUGCCCCACACUGAGCCGCUGGCACAGGCAGAGCUGGGCUGUGUGCCACCAUCACCACCAGUGGCAGGACACAGGGAUCACACCGGUGUUGGCAUCACCCACCACCAAUGCCCUGGGAGUGAGGACAUUGUGCCCUGGGCAGAGCUGGGUCCCUCAUGGCUGAUGCUCCAAUGGCACUGAAGGUGCUGGAUGUGUGCAUGGCCUCACCUGUGGUUUGUGAUGCCCCAGCAGCACCAGCACCAAGCCCUUCUCCUCUUCCUCCUCCUCUCGUGCAGUGGAUGAACCACAUGGCACCAAAUGAUGGAGAGCUGAGGCUGCUCCGACAUCACCCCUCGGGCACUGGGCUCCAGCAGUGCCCCGGCUUUGCUCAUCACUGCCGCUUACCCAGACCCCGGGCAGGCGAGUCGGGGAGUGCCAGGGGCGCGGUACCCCGGGGGCACCUGCCCCAUCCGCCGCAGCUGACGUGGGAUGUGGUGGGGGUUACCCAUUAACUGCAGGAAUUUCUGGGGAGGAGGUGAGCAGCGAGUGGAGGUGAGGGGCAACACGGGGCUCCUUAGACUUUGCUCUUGGCGUGUGUAUAAAGGGCCGUGGUGCCCCACGGACCACUUCGCUGGAGGGACGCGUGGAUGUGGCAUGUGGAAGUGGCACUGCCCUGAGUGCCCGGCCAGCCCCAGCCUCAGCAGGAGCGAUGCUGCCCUACCGGACGGAGAGCCCGGUCCUGCCUGGUUGCUGCCCAGUGCGGGGAGGAAGGGUGGUGCACGGGCCACAGUUUGCCUACUGCCCCAGCCCCCAAGCUCUGCACCGGCUGCCAGGUGCCCACACCUGCCCCUUCACUGUCAGCGCUGUGCCUUGCCCUGACCAUGGCUUCCCCUGCCCCGGCUCGCCGGGGCGCCUGCGUGAGGGCCGGGAGCGCUACGAGCUGGACGCGCUGUCCUGGCAGGGGCACCGCCUGGGCUUGGAUGAGCUGCAGAAGCCAGAGCUCGGGUGCUGGGCCAGGGUCCAGUCCUUCUGUGUCUCCCUUCUAAAGGUGCCCCUGAUGUUUGGGUUCCUGUACCUCUUCGUGUGCUCUCUGGACGUGCUCAGCUCUGCCUUCCAGCUGGCUGGAGGAAAGGUGGCGGGGGACAUCUUCAAGGACAACGCCAUCCUCUCCAAUCCAGUGGCUGGGUUGGUGGUGGGCAUCCUGGUGACCGUGCUGGUGCAGAGCUCCUCCACCUCCACCUCCAUCAUUGUCAGCAUGGUCUCCUCAGGGUUGCUGGAGGUGCGCUCUGCCAUCCCCAUCAUCAUGGGCUCCAACAUCGGCACCUCAGUCACCAACACCAUCGUGGCCCUCAUGCAGGCUGGCGACCGCAGUGAGUUCAAACGAGCCUUCGCCGGUGCCACGGUGCACGACUGCUUCAACUGGCUGUCGGUGCUGGUGCUGCUGCCACUGGAGGUGGUGAGUGGCUACCUGCACCACGUCACCCGCCUGGUCGUGGCCACCUUCAACAUCCGCAGCGGGAAGGAUGCCCCCGACCUGCUGAAGAUCAUCACGGAGCCCUUCACCAAGCUCAUCAUCCAGCUGGACAAGUCUGUGAUCACGGGCAUCGCGACAGGGGACGAGAGCCUGCGCAACCGGAGCCUCAUCCGCGUCUGGUGUGGCCCUGCAUCCCCACAGAUGGCCACUGUGGGACUUGGGCCCCCCCCAAACUGCACAUCCCCCGGCCACUGCAGCACUAAGGGCAUCGAGGUCCUCCACAACAUCACCAGGCAGAAGUGCAAGCACCUCUUCACCGACACACCACUGCCCGACCUGGCUGUGGGGCUGGUGCUGCUGGCCGGGUCCCUCGUCGUGCUCUGCACCUGCCUCAUCCUCCUGGUCAAACUCCUCAACUCCCUGCUCAAGGGGCAGGUGGCCAAAGCCAUCCAGAAGGUCAUCAACACGGACCUCCCACAUCCGCUCAGCUGGCUCACGGGGUACUUUGCCAUGGUGGUGGGUGCUGGGAUGACCUUCGUGGUGCAGAGCAGCUCUGUCUUCACCUCGGCCAUCACACCCCUGAUCGGCCUGGGGGUGAUCAGCAUUGAGCGUGCCUACCCACUGACCCUGGGCUCAAACAUUGGCACCACCACCACUGCCAUCCUGGCUGCCCUGGCCAGCCCGGGGGACAAGCUGGCCAGCUCCUUCCAGAUUGCUCUGUGCCACUUCUUCUUCAACAUCUCGGGCAUCCUGCUGUGGUACCCGCUGCCCUUCACCCGCCUGCCCAUCCGCAUGGCCAAGGCGCUGGGCGAGCGCACGGCCAAGUACCGCUGGUUUGCCGUGCUGUACCUCAUCAUCUGCUUCCUCCUGCUGCCCUCCCUCAUCUUCGGCAUCUCCAUGGCGGGCUGGCGGGCGCUGGUGGGGGUGGGUGCGCCCUUCCUCGGCCUCCUCUUCUUCGUGGGGCUGGUGAACGCGCUGCAGGCGCACAGCCCCGGCCGCCUGCCCAAGUGGCUGCAGACCUGGGACUUCCUCCCCGCCUGGAUGCACUCCCUGCAGCCCCUCGACCGCGUCAUCACCCAGGCCACCCUGUGCUGCACUGACCGCUGCCGCAGCACCGAGGGCUGGGAGGAGCACGAGGGCUCUCCCCGCGACAAGGCCAGGCUGGGGCUGGACAACCCCGCCCUCUCCUACCCCGAGGAGAUGCCCAGCCCCACCAUCCGGGUGGGCUCCCCUCGCCCACUCCCUCACGGUGCCACACGGCUCUAGCUGGUGAUGCACACCCGGGCUGCUGCUCCUGCGGCCGCUGGUGUCUAAUAAAGGGGAAGUACCCAUGCCCCA